AUCCUAACAGUCAGCCAUUCUUAAAGCGCCCAUUUAAGUCCUAGCUCACGUUGGUUAAGAACUUUGAGUUUGAGUGAACAUUACCAAUUCGCCCGAAACAUAUUUUUGGCUGUGAGAAGUUGUGAAUGCUAAACGUACCAUGGCUAAAAAAUCGCAAUUUUGACUCGAUAUCUCGACUCCAACCAGAAAUACUGUUUUAACUUCCAGAAGUAGUGGGGAGUGCUACGACCAACAGUUUUAAUGUAUGAGCACAACACGGUAACAAAAUUGUCGAGUUAGAGUGAAAAUUAAACGAUCUUUUCCUCUCAUGUCUUCGUUUCAGCCACGUCAGUCAAGUUCAAACACGUUCUGAGCCUUAAUUGACUUUAAUUCUGCCGUUCAGUUAUGUGCUUGAAGUAUCCUCGUCAAAACAAAAUCAGUUUCUCUUAGAAUUUCUGAUUGACAUGUACGUUUAGAACGUAAACAUACGUGUACUGCCAUUAUAUUAAACAAAAGGAAAUAUGUGUUUAUAAAUAUGUUUGGACAGUAAAAGGUUGGCCUGGCUAGCGGACACGUCUUAACAUAAUCGGCCGAUGACGAACGAAAUGGAAUAGAGAUUAACACCACAAAUUACUUUUUUAAGUUCGUUCUUCGACUAAGGUGUAUAGGGAAAACGGAUUGAAAUAGCAUAUCGAAGUUUCCUUUGCCAUUCUAUGGAAAUCAGACUGUUCACUCUUGUAUAGAUGACCUCAUUUCAGCCUGAUGUGGCAGGGGGCUCAAUGCUAUUGGUUGAGUCCUCGGACAAAACAGCGUUUGCCUGAGUGACAUUGAGAAGACCCAUCCAGGCGAGGCUAGAAGCGUGGGAAUUUACAAAGAAACGAGCUCUGACCGAACAAGAUAACAGUUUGGAACUGAAACAACUAUCUGCAGUUUUUGCUCACGGUCUAAAUGGAGUUUUGGUGGAUCGUCUUGGCUGGAUGCGGCGGAGGCCUACUCUUGGCCGCUUACGUGGCCGUGGUCGUGUAUAAAUUAUUUCGACGCAAGAAGAGGGUGCAGAUGAACCAAUAUCAGCACCCUGAACGUCUUACAGAUGACAAAGAUUGGACUACCCAUGUCCAUGCAAGAGAGGUUUCGGAGAGGAGGGCGGACGGCCUAUGCAUGGAAACUCUAUCAGGGUCAACCAAACUUGGUCGAAAAGCGUCCAUCCCGUCCGUUAACCAGUUCCUAGGGGCUUCGGAGGAGGUUCCAAAUGCCUCGCACACAAAUUCCGACGAUAAACGAAAAGGACGUAGCAAGAGUCCAGGCCCGGAACCACAAGCAUCGGCAGGUUUUAACCAAGACACUUCGCCUUAUGUAGUGCCUGCGGCUGAAAGAAGCAGCCCCGAGGUUGUUCGAAGGUCUGAAUACACCUGGGAGACUCUGCUAUGUCAACCCAGCGAUUUCAGAAUUAAACGAAGUCAAUCGUUUAACUGGGACGAUCCUGAAUACAGAAAACCCAAAUGCAAGACUCGUUCCUUGAAGCUUGCAAGUGACAAGCAAGGUCAAGUGAAAAGAACUGUUCGGAGCAAAUCUCUCAGAAGAUAUACGCAUCGUGAAUUGACCGUCUCAGGUGCUGCCGAAACAGCACCAUUCGAUAAAAUUGUCAUCUCCGUGAAAAGAGGGGACGACAACGCGAAACGAAACAAAUCGAAGAAGAGCCCUAAGACUCAAAAAACUGUCAACGAACCAGGAAACAAAGUGACUAAAGCCGAAGGCACCACUAAAAAUAAAAAGAUCAACAGAUCGGGGUCUGCACCAUCUGCGAGGGCCAAGGAAAAGCUUGCUAACACUGAAGUAGAAGGCAGCCUAAAUCGACGACAUUCCUCUCGAUGGAUUCCAGAUCCUGAUUACCAAACUGUGUCGAUGGAGGAGCUCGUUUCAGCAGCUGAGCAACAAGUCAAAGCCACCAGAAAUGAUAACGUGUGUGUAGUGGAGAUCCACAACGUGCCAAGAGAUCGAGAUCCAAAGGUUAGUACAUUAGUGGGAACUGCCACGUCUCAAGUGGUCGACACAUCAUCGAGCACCUCCAUUCAACAGUCAAGUCCAUCACAUGAAGAUCAAACGAACUGUAGCACCACAGUUGAUGUGAAAACAAUACCAAUACCCGGUGUUGCCCAAAGGGUACCAACAGUUCUGCCGAACGAUCAGAGCCCUGACAAAAACGAAGAGACAAAUGUCUCUAACAAGAAUACUCACGACAGAAGAUUAUCCGUCAAAAACCGUAUUCAAAACCUCGAGACUCAGAUUGUCGAUGUACAGUCAAAUACUCGCCACNGUUGGUUAAGAACUUUGAGUUUGAGUGAACAUUACCAAUUCGCCCGAAACAUAUUUUUGGCUGUGAGAAGUUGUGAAUGCUAA